AUGAUAAAGAGGAAAAUUUCCAAAUUUACUCCUUUUGAUAGGGUAUUGGAUGGAUUGGAAUAAGAGGAACUUAUUGAUGAAGAUGUUAAUAUGAAAAUCAUAAAAGUUUACAAUCGAAAGAAAAACAAUAAAAUGUUUCUUUUAGAGAGGUUAAUUUCAAAUGAAAAAGAACAUUUAAAAUACAUAGAUGAAAUUCACAAAUAUGAAAUAAUUAAUGCUGAUGGAUUAUUAUGCAUAGAUAAAUGGGUAUUUAUUAUUUAUUAACAGACAUAUGAUAUGUUGAUUGAUUAAAAUUUAAACAAACUAUACAAAUUCAUUUUAGUGUUUGACACUUAUUCAUAGAAUUUAAAUCAAUACCUUGAGAAUAUUUAAGUAAUGUAUUAUAAAUUAUUAAGUCAAAAAAAAUUUAAUUAUUAAAAGAAGACAUCGUUGUUUUCUUUAGAGCAAUUAUUUUGUCGAUUAAUUAUUUACAAUAACAAUAAAUUAUAGCAUUUAAUCCUGUGACAAUGUCAUGCAUUUUGAUUUGCUCAGAUUCAUGUAUGAAAUUUAAUUGCAUACCAAUAUUAUUAACUUAACAUGCACUAGAAAAAGCCAAAAAGGAAAGUUUACUUUAUUAAGCACCUGAAUAAGUAAAAGAUAUUAAAAACAUUAAUCAUAUCUAUUCACAAGCAGUCUAUUCUUUAGGAUUAAUAUUUAUAUAACUCUUUUUAUUAAAACAUAUUGAUUAAUUGAGGAAAUAUGAAGACAUCAAAUAAAGCAUAAAAGAAAUUUAAAUUAAAUAUGGAGAUGCUUAUAAAUCUUAUUUAGAAAGUAUGGUAGAAUAGGAUCCACAUAAAAGAAUUAAAUUAUAAGAAUUAUGCUAAACAUUAUCAAUUUAGGAACCUUAAAAAUAGAUCAAGGACAAUAUAAAAAUUACAUUUUCAGAGACAUUUGAAUAUUAUCGGAAAUAAUAUUCUAUAUUAAAUGUACCUGAACCUCGAUCUAUUGCAUAUGGUAUUCCUUGGAGCAGAAAUAUUAUAUAAUCAAAUUUAUUUAAUAUGAAAAAUUACUUUCUAGAAUUACUAGAUCUUUCUUAAUCAUAAUAAAUUUCAGAAUAGGCUGUGACUAUAAUAUUUUAAUAGUUUAGAGUAUUUGUAAUUGGAGGAAUGAAUACUCAUUUAGUGUAUGAAUUAAAUGAUGAUAUACCAGCUCUAAAGGAAGUAACAUCAGUUCCUUAAAGUAAUGCUAAUAGAUGGGGUUUUGGAUAUGUUAUAUGUAAAUAAAUUAUUAUAUAUUAGAGAAAAUAAUUAGCUGUUGUAUAUUUGUUCUGGUUAUAGCGAUUAAUUAUUGACAGCAAACACAUUUUGUUAUAAUAUUCAAACUUAGAAAUGGACUAAAUUGAGUGAUUGCUAGAAACCAGGCAUAGGUUGUACAUUAGUUUGUUAUAAUAAUAUGAGUAUUUUCAAAUAUGGAGGAACUGAAAUUAAUAACAAACCUCUUAAUUGUGUAGAAGAAUUUAAAAAUAAUGAAUGGCAACUUAUUAAUUUUAAAAAGCCUCACUUUAUUUUACCAAAUUUUAGUUUUGCCUAAUAAGUAAAUCCAACAUAGAUUUUUAUUGUUGGUGGAUAUUUUGAUAAAGAACAUAAUACAAAAGUUAUUGUAAUGAAUAUAGAUACAUAAGCUCAUCUAAUAGAUUCCAGAAAAGAUUAUACUUAUGUUGAAUUUGUAGUGAAUGAAUUUUUGGAUUAUGGAAAGUAUGGUCCUGUGGAAGCAAUGUAAAUUAGUAACAACUAAUUAUUUUUGUUAUAAAAGAAAAAUGAAAAGCAUCAAUACUUAACUGUAUAGGAUUAAUCUGUAUUUGUGGAGUUGAGAAAGAUACAUAUAUGA